CCAUUCAUCAGUGGACUUGGGCGUUGUACUCCGCAUCUCAUUUGCGGCGGGGCCAAUUUCUCCAUUUACAAAUUCUGCACGAGAAAAAAUUGAAAGAAUUCGCGUUUCUUUGCUUACAUCUUGUGCUAUUUUGCGAGUUCUCGCCCGUGCCGUGCGGUAAUCUUGGUUUCGCGCUGAUUCCUCGGCUUCGCUUUGAGAGGGAGCCCUCAGCCUUUGACUUGAAUUUUAGAGGGAGGCUUGCGGUCUUUGUUCAUUCAUUUGAUCGGUUGGGUUCCUUUGUUGGACCAAAAAGCAUGGGAGCACAAAUCUCCAAAACCGCUGGAAAAGAAGAAGUGGCUGCAGAGAAGGCAGCAGAAGGCGCGGCAGUUGCAGCCAAGUCAAACGGACAGGAAAAUGGCCAUGCCAAAACCAAUGGGGAUGCCUCUCCAGCUGCAGAGGAGGCCAACAAAGCAGAUGUCCAGGCCAAUGGCAGCACUCCUGCCGAGGAGGCAGUGGAGAAAGUAGAGGCUGCUGAGACCAAUGGUGAAAAAGAACCAGCCGCCACAAAUGGAGAGGCUUCUGCCAAGCCAGAGGAAGGCACUCCCUCCACCAGCGAGGACAGCAAACAGAAGAAAAAGCGCUUCUCCUUCAAGAAACCCUCCUUCAAGCUCAGUGGCUUCUCCUUCAAGAAGACCAAGAAAGAAUCCGAAGAGGCAGCAGAAGAGGGAGCGGCAGCCCCGGCUGAAGGAGAGAAAGCUGCCUCAGAGGAGGCCACCACCGAGGAGGCCAAGCCGGCUGAAGCCAGCGAGGAGGAGGGAGCCAAGGAGGCCCCAGCCGAGGAGCCAAAGGCGGAGGAGGUGAAGGCAGAGGGAGAGGCUGCAGAGGAGAAACCUGCCGAAGCUUCGCCCGCUGAACCUGAGACGGCAACCAGUCCAGAGGCUCCAGCCGCUGCUGAGUAAAUCCUGCUGAACAAGACACCGGAACGAAGGAGCAGAAGGAACCUGUCUGAAGGAAUGCGAGGACUUGUCUAAAACCAGGGAUUUUUGUUUAUUUUUUGUUUGUGUUUGUUUACUGUUCUACAACCAUUUCAUCCAUAAUGACUGCAAUGUCCUUGGCAGUGAUGGACAGAAGGUGCACUGGAGAGGGUACUGCUUCCUCACUGCUCAUUGGUGUUUGCAUUUGUGACGUGGGUGAGUGUGCGAAUGAGAGUGUGAAUGUUUUCUACAUGAAACCAUGACUGUGUUGACAGGUUGGUGAAUUUGACCUAUUUAAUUGAAGUAUUUGGUGCUGGGCAAUUGGAUGUAGCAGCUAAAGCUGUGUCUGCAAGAAUGACACAUUGUGAUAUUUAAAGGGAAAAUCCUCAACCAAGUCUUAAAUGUUGUCUUUGCAGUGCAGUUGUUUACAACUCAAGCUCAACGCUCCUGUGGACACAAAUACCAUUCCUGAAUGAACUAGUUUUAGUUAAUUGUCAAAACAAUAGGUGCUCAUCACUUUCCAUUAGAUUCCACCAUUUCCAGACUCUGUAGUAAUGCACGUUGUAUAGACUUUGAUAUUACUGGUUUUAUGACUGAGAUGUACCUAAAUGACUGAAGUUUUUAACAGAUGACCCAUUGUAAAUGAAGUUUCCUUGUUUUUCACCAUUUGUAAGAUUGAAUAAAAUUGGGAGAUGUUUUAAGCAAAUCUUGCAUCAAGCUGUGAUGACUAUAAUACAACUUUUAAACUGUGCAUUGAUCAGACUAAAAAGCACACAGGAAUUGGUUAGGGGUACAAUCUUCAAACACUGUCCUGUUUUUGUAUAUAAUGAGGCUUCACUUUACACAAGAUGGAAUGUAACUGCCUUUUAAAAUGGUAUUAAGGUGUGCGGUUUAUUUUCCGUGAGCACUGUGAAAGAAUAAAGGAAUAAAGCGG